AUACCCCCACUCUCUAUCUGCUCCCCCAUCACCAGUUCUCACAUCUCUCUCUAGUUUCUCUCUCUAACGGCGGAGCUAUGGGUUUUCCGGUGGGUUACACGGAGCUUCUUCUUCCAAGCCUCUUCCUUCACGCGCUCUCUUUCUUGGGUCUGAUCCGAAAAUUGAUUUCCACCGUCUUCUGGGUGAUGGGUCUACCCGAUUUCCUCGAACCCGACCCGAUUUCAUGGGCCGAACCGCCGACGGUCUCCUUAUCGUCCUCAUUCUCUACGUUUCCGCCGGAAUCCUGCUUCUUCCCGGCAGCUAUUCUCGCCAGAGAGAUACUACCGGUGGUCAGAUUCUCGGACCUGAAGAUAACCGGGUCAGGGUCCGGAUCCGAAUGCUGCGCCGUUUGCCUGUACGAGUUCGAAGGGGAGGACGAAAUCCGACGGCUCACAAAUUGCCGACAUAUAUUCCACCGGAGCUGUCUGGACCGUUGGAUGAUGGAUUACAAUCAGAUGACGUGUCCACUUUGUCGUACGCAAUUCAUUCCUGAUGAUCUUCAAGAUUCUUUCAAUCAGAGGGUUUGGUCUGAAUCUGGAGUUUCUGAUCACCUCCCCCAAGAAUCUUCUUAGGCAUGGCAUUGCCCUUUUUAAAUUUUUUUUGGGGAGGUUUAUGGUUUAAUAUCCAAAAAUGGGAUAUAUAUUUUUUUUUGUUGGUGAAUUAAGUAAAUAUAUAAUAUAGUUAGUGGUAACAACAAAAAUGUAUUAUCCAUGGAGAAGAAAAAAUAAAUAAAUGAAAGUUUCGAGUUUUGUAUAA